AUGAGUGGUGAAGAAGGACAUGGCUGUGAAAUGGCCAAUGGAUAUUAUUCAUGGCUUACUAUUUUUCAAGUGUUCGACACAAAUUACGAUGGUUAUAUUGCGACGCAUGAUCUAAGACGAUUUGUUCGUAAUUCAGCUACUUCAUUUGGAUUAUCAAGACAAGAAGCGGACGCUUUACUGCAAAAUAUUGAUAAGAAUGGUGAUCAUCUACUCGAUUUUGCUGAAUUCUGCACCCUGAUGAGCAAAGCUAAAAAGCUGCGCAUGCGACACGUAUUGUUUCGAGCGGCACAAAUGGUGGUACCCCGGAGCAGUCGAACAGUACCAUUCAACUAUUUGCAACAAUACAACUGCUUUCCUCCGCCGGUCUUUAUGAUCUGUAUAUCUAUCUUAGAGAUAGCAGCUUACGUCUAUUAUGUUGUGCGACUUAGAAGCGGAAUUGAAUUGUAUGGACCGGUACCUCAAAAAUCUCUCCUCAUAUUCAAUCCUUAUAAAACCAAUGAAGUGUGGCGAUAUUUCACUUACAUGUUUAUUCAUAUAGGGAUAAUACAUUUGGCUUUCAAUAUCUUAACACAAAUCGUUCUUGGCAUUCCACUCGAAUUGGUCCAUAAAUUCUGGAGAAUUGCUUUAGUAUAUCUGUCUGGUGUUCUAGCUGGUUCUUUGCUGGAUUACGCUAUUGACCCGCGAACGCACUUGGCUGGGGCCUCUGGAGGUGUUUAUGCUUUGCUUGCAGCACAUAUAGCCGAACUACUGAUUAAUUGGGCCGAAAUGGAAUUUGCACUUUACCGAGCUCUUGUUUUGGUAGUUCUGAUCUCAAGUGACGUAUCCCUGGCCAUCUACCAUCGAUACUAUCUUAACACGACGGAUAAAGUUUCUCAUGUAUCGCAUCUUGCUGGUUUCGUGGCUGGAGUGCUAAUGGGUACCGUCGUGUUACGGAAUUUUCGGAAGAAGAAUUGGGAACGUAUAGUAUGGUGGAUUGCUUUUACAGUAACAGGCUCUUCAUUCUCAAUACUUGUCUUACUCAAUAUCAUACCGCAUAUCUGA